GGCUCCGAUUCAACAGGUUUUCCUAUCUGCUCAGAUAGGGCCCUCCCUGCCCUAAGCAUGGCCAGCAAGAGCAUGCGCUGUCACUGGACAAGUCCUGGGCUGGGAGUUGGGAGACCCUGGUUGUAAUUCUGGCUCUGAAAGAGCGCAUCCCCUUUGGCAGGAGUGACGGCUGGUGGAAAGAUGGAUGUUUCAGACAAAAAAAAAUUCUCCUUAAAUAUAGCCUUGGGAGUGCCACUUGACCCCAGUGAGCCUCAGUUUCCACAUCCAUAAAAUGGCGAUGGUAAUUACACAGGGUCUAAUGAGAUCUCUGACGUAAAAACUCUGGAGAGUCUUAUUACUCACCUCUCUGGGGCAUAUUUAUCUCACGGGAAAAUAGAGUAAAACUAGUUGCUCUGUAAGUGUCCUGCCAGUUCAGAGGGCCUGUGAUUUCGUAAACGGGUUGUUGGGAAGUAAAGCCCGCAAUUAGCUGAGAGGGAGAGCUCACUGGCUUUAUUUUUGUUUCACAUGGUUUACCUGUAAACUAAGUGUAGCUACAAGUCGUCUGUGAUCGCUGGGUCUAGAGCUUGACUCUGGAGAAAGGAAAGGAAGAAUGGAAGCCUGGUGAAGAGGCAGAGAAGCCUGAGGGAGUUCAUCCCUGGCAGCAGCCCCCCUGAAUUCCUGGUGGUGAGAGGAUGUGGCCCCUGGACACAUCCCGGAAAGAGGUCCUGGGGUUUGCAGUCAGCUGCCGUGUCCUGACUCUGGUGCUGCAGGCUCUCUUCAAUGCCAUCAUCCCAGACCAUCAUGCGGAAGCCUUCUCACCUCCUCGCCUCGCCCCCUCCGGCUCUGUGGACCAACUUGUGGAAAGUCUCCUGGGCGGCCUGUCUCACUGGGAUGCUGAACACUUCCUGUUCAUUGCUGAGCAUGGCUACCUGUAUGAGCACAACUUUGCCUUCUUCCCCGGUUUCCCCCUGGUCCUGUUGGUGGGGACUGAAUUGCUGAGACCCCUGUGGGGGUUACUGAGCCUACGGAGUUGCCUGCUAAUCUCAGUAGCAUCGCUCAAUUCCUUGUUCUCCGUGCUGGCCGCACUUGCGCUUCAUGACCUGGGCUGUCUGGUUUUGCGCUGUCCCCGCCAGGCUUUUUAUGGAGCGCUGCUCUUCUGCCUCAGCCCCGCCAAUGUCUUCCUGGCGGCUGGCUACUCAGAAGCUUUGUUUGCCCUCCUGACAUUCAGCGCCCUGGGGCAGCUGGAAAGGGGCCGAAGCUGGACUAGUGGACUCCUCUUUGCCCUUGCCACUGGUGUGCGCUCCAACGGGCUGGUCAACGUUGGCUUCCUCGUGCAUUCUCAGUGCCGAGGCUUUUUCUCUUCUCUCAUGGUGAGGAAUCCUCUGAGACAGCUCUUGAAGCUGAUGGGCUCUGUGUUCCUGUCAGUGCUCACACUUAGCCUUCCCUUUGCCCUCUUUCAAUAUUACGCCUAUACCCAGUUCUGUCUGCCAGGCCCAGCCUACCCCAUUCCUAAGCCCUUGCUGCAGUUAGCUGUGGACAAGGGCUACCGAAUCGUAGAGGGAAAUGAGCCGCCUUGGUGCUCCUGGGAUCUUCCCCUAAUAUACAGCUACAUCCAGGAUAUCUAUUGGAAUGUUGGCUUUUUGAGAUACUAUGAACUCAAGCAGGUGCCCAAUUUUCUACUGGCUGCGCCAGUGGCUAUACUGGUUGCCUGGGCAACUUGGACAUAUGUGACCACCCAUCCUUGGCUCUGCCUUACACUUGGGAUGCAAAGGAGCAAGAACAGAGAGACCCCAGAGAAGCCUGAGCCUGGAUUCCUCAGUCCUCGGGUGUUCGUGUACCUGGUCCACGCUGCAGCGCUGCUGCUGUUUGGUGGUCUGUGCCUGCAUGUUCAGGUUCUCACCAGGUUUUUAUGCUCCUCCACUCCAAUUGUGUACUGGUUUUCAGCUCACUUGCUUCAAGAUCAAGAACCACUGCUGAGAUCCCUAGAGACUGUGCCUUGGAAGCCUCUUUCAGGGGACUCCCCACCAGGACAAAAGGUCCCCAGAAACUCUAUCAUGGGACUCUUGUACAACUGGAAAACUUGUUCUCUGGUCACACGGUGCAUUCUAGGCUACUUCCUGACCUACUGGCUCCUGGGACUACUCCUGCAUUGCAACUUCCUACCUUGGACAUGACCUGGAGACUUAGGGGACAGGCUUGAAGCAGACUUAACCAAGGUCUGAAAGUACAAAUACAUGCUGGGGCUGCCUGUGCUGCCCUGGAACCCUUACUCUGCCCGUUAGAACCUCUCUCUCCUUGAAGGUUGGUUAGGAAUGGGAGAAGUGUGAGCCUCUAGAGAGCACCUUCUGGUCCUGGCUAUGGCAGACUUUAGGGUAGUAACUAUUUUCUCUGUAAAUGAAGAAAUCUUAUUCCAGGUCUAAAGCAUACCUGGAUCUGUCUUGUCAAUCAACCAUAGCAGAGAUAGUCUUAAACUUACCACCUACCCACACGUAAAUUUAAAUGUAAAUUAUUUAAAUGUGAAUUUCAUCAAAGGCUCUAGCUGACAAGCUGGUCAUAGUCCACACAGUGAUGGCGGAGGCCUGGACAGUGUAGCCUAAGUACAAUGGGACCAUCUUUUCUAAAUGGGACAUUGUUUCUGAUUAUUUUUUUCAUGAUUUGUUCACUUAUUUAUAUGAAAAACCUUACAAAGAUACGCAAAUUAAACAACUCUUGAUUAUAUCUGCAAUUAAUUACCUUUUUAUUUUUUAAAUUAUUUUAUUUUAUUUUAUUGGCUGCACAGCUUGCGGAAGCUUAGUUCACUGACCAGGGAUUAAACCCGGUCCACAGCAGUGAAAGCACCGAGCUGGACCACCAGUGAAUUCCCAUAAAUUACCUUGUUAAAAAUAUAAUACAAAUUAAGGGCUGAGACCCUGCCACAUACUCUGCAUCCACACUUCAUUUGGAUAUUAAAGGUCAAUUGAGGCAAAAAAAAUUAAUACAAGUUACUUGGGGGAAAAAAGUCAUGGUAAGAAGAACAUUGCAUGAGGAGGCAGGAGGCCUGGAUUCUGGUCCUCUCAGUAAAGCCCCACUUACCAGCUGUGUGACCUUGGGAGAGUUUUCAGAGCCUUAGUUACCUCUUCUGAAACUAGGGGAAAAUUACAUUCUCCCACGGGAAAAAAUAUCCAGUUCUCCUCUUUUCAGCACUCUGAGGAGUAAUUUCAGUGGCGUUUCCUCUGAAGGAGGAAGAGCAGUGACACUUGGCAAAUAAGGCUCCCCUGUCCUGUGUAAGUAAGCCUGCCCAGGGGCAACUAAAUGUUCAAUGUGUGAGCAGUGACUGGUUUUCCGGCCCUGCCUGAGUGCCUGUGCUUUCUUGAUUGGUAGGUAAGGGUCAGAUGAGCCAACACAGCAGCAGGAAUUGAUAAAUUGUAGGUAAGUCCAGGGUUGAAUGAAAUGGUAUCUUCCUGGCCACCAUUUGGUAAUGGGCUUGACUCUAUAAUUGUAGUAAAAUCUUGACCCCUGCUGAGCUAUUUUUUCUCAUUCUUUGAGCCAGGUAAGAGGCUCUGCAUCAUCACCACUCUUUCCCCAUUUGAGCCAAAAAUUCCAACAAGCAGAAACUUCGAAAUAGAUGGAUUGACACGCUCCCUCUGACCAUGACUGAAAGUUAAACUUGCCAGCUGAAGGGAAGCUCCUGGCUGAGCCCCAGCACCCUCUAUUGGAGCUCCUAGUCAGCCUGGCCAAUAAGCAUUUCCCAUCCAUCGCCCCAGCUUUAGCACAGCUGAGAGAAUUUGGUCCAGAGUCAAAUGCUUCUGAAAAUGUACACACAGCUCGGGACAGCCCUCUGCCUUCUGCCAAGACACCCGAGUGCCCUUCUUGGCAAAAGAUGAUCACCCCUGCCCUAGUGUCCCUCCAGUUGGCAGAAACUGUUCCCUCCCUCCUCACCCACAGCUGCAAAUCUGGGGACUUCCACCCUGUGUGCAGGAAGCGUUGAGGGCCUGAUUCAGCUCUUUAUUGCAGAGGUAGGAGUACUAGAUUGUUUGCUCUCGUGGAUUGACCUCUUUGCCUCUUUUGGGGGGGAUAAUCAGAACUGAUUGUUUCCCUACUGGAAGAGGUGACUCAAACUCCGCAGGGUAGGGGGUGAUUUCACUGCUUUGGCAGUCUCAGCUUAACGUUCACACUAGACCUCGUCACCCCCAGAAACAAGUGAUUUCAAGGACCGGAAACCCUAUAAAUGCGAACCUCUCAUUUCUCAACUAAUACCAAGGAACUAAAUCACUCUGGUAUUUUGCAAAGACCAUUCUGGUUACAGCCGAUCAUAGAGGAGUUAAGUGAGGACCCCAGCUAGGUGGACGUACCUGGUGUGACCUGGAGAUGGACACAGUUUUCUCUCUGACCUUGGAGGGAUCUAGUUCUCUAAGGAGCUAAGGAAUGGGCUGAUUUUAUGGCCAGCAGCUGUCCUUUUACUAUCCUAUUAACAGUCUUUAAUAGCCUUCGAGAGGGAUAUGAAGGGCCCAAGGCAGGAAGCUUCCUGUUUACCCUGAGGUCUAACAAUGCUGCAGCUGGGUUGGGCGUCUACAAUUUCAGAGAAAAGUCAUUUCCUUCUGAGACCCAGCUAAAACAGAAACCAGACGCUUUAUGUACCUAGAAGUAGAUGCUUUUUUGUUCUUUAAUGAAGGUGGGAGGAGAGGGAGCGUUUGACAUGGCUUUACCAGUCCCCCUGAAAAAAAAAAUCACUUUUCUUGAACAGACCCUCUCACCCUCCUCCAAAAAAUGUAGUGUGUGCAGGCUCAUGGGAUUUGCAACUGAUUGAUUCUUUCAGCAAUUGUUCAGUAUUGCCUGUUUUAGGGGACUAAAGAAUACUCGCCCU